GAUGCCCUGGGGGAGGUGUGACUCCUCGGUUCUCUCGGGGAGUGGGGGGCUCUGCAGGACACCGGGGUCCCCUUCGGGUGGGGGGUGCCCUGUGGGACCCUUGGGUCCCUUCCUGGGUGAGGGAUGGCUCUGCCAGUACCUGGCUCCCCUUUGGAGCCUGGGGGUCUGCUGGGGACCGGGUCCCCUUUGGGGGCGUGGGGGAUCCGUGGGAUCCCUUUUGUGGGGGGCUGCUCUGCCAGACGCCUCCAUCCCCUUUGGGGGGGCUCCGGGUGGGUGGCGGGUAGCUCUGCUGGACCCUACACCGGCCAGCCCCACGACCCUGGCGAGGAUGAGGGGUGUCCACAGAGCCCCCCCUGCCCUCGCAGUCCGCAGCACCAUGCGGCUCUCGGUCCUGCUGAGCGCGGCGCGGCUGCCCCCGGGCUACCGGCACGGCACUUGGCCCCCCGACUCCACGGCCGCCCGGCUCCGCAACCCCCCGGGGCAGCGCCGCCGCAAGGUCUUCGUGGAACCCAUCGCCAAAGACGACUGGAAGGUGUUCAAGGGCGACACGGUGCAGGUGCUGGCCGGGAAGGACGCGGGCAAGCAGGGCUUGGUCACCCAGGUGGUGCAGGCUCGCAACUGGGUGGUGGUGGAAGGACUGAACAAGCACUACCGCUACGUCAACCGCACGGCCAAGUACUCGGGCACCUACAUCGCCAGCGAGGCGCCGCUGCUGCUCGGCCAGAUCUGCCUGGUGGACCCCGAGGACAGGAAGCCCACGGAGGUGGAGUGGAGGUACACGGAGGAGGGCGAGCGCGUCCGCGUGUCGCUGCGCAGCGGCCGCAUCCUGCCCGUGCCCCCGCAGCCGCGCCGCGACGGCGUCGUGCCCGAGCAGUGGAUCGAUGGCCCCAAGGACACGGCGAAGGAGGACACGCUGGCCAAGACGUACCGGCCGUCGCUGAAGACCUUCGAGGAGGAGAUCAUGGAUGCCAUGGGGAUCGUGGAGACACGCCGGGCCAAGAAAUCCUACUGGUAUUAACUGGGAGAGCUGGGAGCCCCCCGAGGCGGGCUCUGCAAUAAACACCCCCUGGAUUUGCUGGGUUUG